AUGACAGCCGAGAGCCGGCUGCCGCCGGGGCCCCCGCCGGGGCCACCGCCGCUUAAGGCGGACGCGGUGCCGCCGGGAGAGGAGGCGGCGGCGGCGGCGGCGGGGGCGAGGGGCGGGCGGCGGCGCCGCAAGCGCCCGGCGGAGCGGGACAAGCCGCCGUACAGUUACAUCGCCCUCAUCGCCAUGGCCAUCGGGCAGGCGCCCGAGCGGCGACUGACUCUCGGUGGCAUCUACCGCUUCAUCACCGAGCGCUUCCCCUUCUACCGCGACAGCCCCCGCAAGUGGCAGAACAGCAUCCGCCACAACCUCACCCUCAAUGACUGCUUUGUCAAGGUGCCACGGGAGCCCGGCCGCCCCGGCAAGGGCAACUACUGGACGCUGGACCCUCACGCCCGCGACAUGUUCGAGAGCGGGUCCUUCCUCCGCCGCAGAAAACGUUUCAAGCGCAGCGACCUGUCCACCUACCCGGCCUUCCUCGCCGAGCGCCCCGCCGCUCCCUGCCGCCUGCUCCCGCUGCCCGCCCCGCCGCCCCCCGCCGACCUGCCCCCGGCGCCCGCCGCCGCCUCCUGCGCUUUCGCCACCGCCUUCCCCGCGCAGGGCUGCGCCUCCGCCGCCCUGCCCCACGCCUACGCUCCGCUGCCCACCGCUCCCGGGCCCUACGCGCCCGGGGCCCACGGGCCGCUGUACGCUCCGUCGGGGCGCAUCGUGCUGCCCGCCUCUUCUCCCGGCUCCCCCGCGCCCUACCCGCCGUUGACCCACGCCUACGGCGCCGGAGGGCAGCUGAGUGCCGCCGAGCCCGCACCGAGACACGGCACCUUCCCUGGAGGCCCCGACAGGUUCGUCCCGGCGCUCUGA